AUGAGAGGGAGGGUGGAGCAGCUCAAGUGGGAAGUGCGCCGGAUGUUUCAGGCCGGCAAUGCCAUGGACCUGCCUGAUGAUACCGUGACUCUAGUGGACGCGCUGGAACGCCUUGGCGUAGACAACCAUUUCCGCGAGGAGAUCGACGUCGCGUUAAGCCGGAUCCAUGGCGAUGGCGAGGACGACACGGACGUUGGCAGCUCCCACAACCUGCACGCAGUUGCGCUCCGGUUUUGCCUGCUUAGGCAACAUGGCUUCUGGGUGCCUACAGAUGUGUUUGACAAAUUCAGAGAUGGCAUGAGAGGUUUCAACGCAGAAUUGAGACAUAACCCAAGGGGCCUGCUUACCCUGUACAACGCCGCUCACAUGGCAGUCCCAGGAGAGGCAGUCCUAGACGACGCCAUGGCCUUUGCCAGGCGCCACCUGGAGGCCGACGCUGCAAGAGGCAAGCUCAGGUCACCGCUGGCGGAGCAGGUGUGCCGUGCGCUGGAGACACCGGGGCCCCGGUUCAUGCGCCGACUGGAGACCAUGCACUACAUCACCGAGUACGAGAGAGAGGAGGGCCAUAACGCCACCGUGCUCGAGCUCGCGAGGCUGGACUUGAACCUCGUCAGAUCUCUCCACCUCAAGGAGCUCAGAUCGCUCACCUUGUAA